CAAGGUUUAGAGCCAGACUGCUGGGCGUGACGUUUGUUUGGACGGAAGAAUGAAGUAAUUGCUGUAUUUUGCAGGCGUGAGUGAAGUUCGCUGUUACCAGAAACUUGCAGUAUUUUGACACGGGAGCAAUCAGCGGUCAUUUAAGCAGGAGAAACAAAGAAGCUACUGCAUGUUGCCCUGAAGGCAUCGCCUGGCAAGUUUGAGCAAACAGCAACCUCUCCGACGAUGGAGUUGUACAAAGUGACCCUGGAAGGACCGGCUCCGUGGGGUUUUAGACUACAGGGAGGAAAGGACUUCAACAAGCCUUUAACCAUGUCCAGGAUUACACCAGGCAGUAAGGCAGACCUGGCAAAUAUUGGACUUGGAGAUAUGGUGCUUUCCAUCAAUGGUGAAAAUACUGAAGGAAUGACUCAUUUGGAAGCGCAGAGCAAAAUCAAAUCCUGUGUAGGAUUCCUGACACUUUCCCUUGGGAAAGUUGUUCGUUCCACAGGAGGUGGUGAUGAGAAGGAUUUUAUGCUUACUGAACCUUCUGUUCCGAAGUACUCGUUUGACUCCAACAUGCCACUGAAUAAGACAGCAAGACCAUUUGGUGUUACAACUACGGGAAGUUCAAAUUCAGGGACACCAAUAAAGUCAGUGAGCUACAAACCUGUAUCCCUAUAUACUCCACCUUCUGCUUUGCCUAGCAUCACACCUGCAUCCCAGACACAACUGCAGUAUGGCACAACCACAGAAAAGCACAGCUCAACUGCAACCACAUUGCAGCAUCCAAAUGGCCCUGAGACAGGUGCUGCAGGGAGAUCAUUUGACCUGGCUUCUGCCCUUGAGCCCAGCUCUAAGUCUGAUGAAGAUUCAGAGAAAAAUGUCCCAUGUGCACCUGCACAUUCUUCUGGUCCGAGUUGCAGACCUCCUUGGGUGGUUGACACUUCCUUUGCAGAGAAGUAUGCACCAGACAAAACUACCACCAUAAUGACGAAAUUCACUCAACCGGCUCAGCCAACCCCUCAACAAAAUCGAAACUCUAUUGUCCAGGCAGCACAGCAGGCACCUGAUGGGACUAACAGAACUCCAGUAUGUGCCCACUGUAACAAGGUUAUCAAAGGUCGUUAUCUUGUAGCUUUGGGCCGUUCUUGGCACCCUGAAGAGUUUACUUGCAAUCAAUGCAAAAUGACCUUGACUGAGGGAGGAUUCUUUGAGGAAAAGGGCUCUGUGUUCUGUGGAAAAUGUUAUGAAAAUAAGCAUGCCCCCAAUUGUGCCAAGUGCAAACAGAAGAUUGUAGGUGAAAUUAUGCAUGCUUUGAAGCAGACAUGGCAUGUUAAGUGCUUUAACUGCACUGCAUGUAAAAACCCCAUCCGCAACAAAGCCUUUUACAUGGAGGAAGGCCAACCCUACUGUGAGAGAGAUUAUGAGAAAAUGUUUGGUACUAAAUGUCAUGGUUGUGACUUCAAGAUCGAUGCUGGCGAUAGAUUUCUUGAAGCUCUAGGGUACAGCUGGCAUGAUACCUGUUUUGUAUGUGCAGUAUGUCAUAUUAACUUGGAAGGCAAAACAUUUUAUUCCAAAAAAGAGAAGCCCUUAUGCAAGAGCCAUGCCUUCUCAACUAUCUAGUCCUACACUGAUGAUCACCAAAGAGCACAGCAGAAACUGGCUCAGAAAAAUUCCACAACUAUCGCAAACUUUGAAAGAAAUCACAAAGAGAACUAAAGUUACAAGAGUUCUAAUUCUGAUAAUAAAAAUGUAUGAAAUGAGAGACAAUUUUUGAAUACUGAACAUGGUUACAAUUAUGCUGCAUGACUUUCUGUUGUUCAUGUAACCUUCUAAUUUCAUUUUUUUUCAAAAGGGAAGCUGUAGUAUUGGUAGCAAUCGUGGACAUCCAUGUAGCAUAAGAAUAUUCUCUCACCCUUUCACUGAUUUACUAUUUUGCACUCAAUCAACACGUUUUAUUAAGUACUUUGCAACCUUUCUCACCAUUUUUAUAUUUUUAUGGAGUAUAUAUGGCAAAAUCAGUCAGUAUUUUAUUCAUAAACUUUAGAAUUUUGCUUGUUACUGCACUGCAGCUAUUUUUGGUUGUCCAACAAUAAUAGUGGCUAGAAAAAACUAUUCAAAUCGCUCAAUUAUUGGUGUAAGCCAAACUGUUUUACACAAGAUACAAAUUUCAACAAUUGAUUAUAUAGGUUAAAUGAUAUUGUACUUGGACUACUGUAGAGAAGGGUCUUGUAUUUUGACUUUUUAAAAAGAAAAUGCCAGGAAGACUAUUUGAAUUUGUAUGGAAUAUGUUCACUAUUUACAAGUAUAUAGCAUCUAAUCUGGCUGAAGCUUAAAUUAGGUCUUGUGUUUUGUAUACUUUUUUUUGACUUACAUUGCUCAGUCAGGUUAAGAACUGCUUAAUGCACUGACAUCAGUAUUGAAUAUUAAACAUGCUUUAUGCCGUCACUGUGACCAGCUCUUUGUGGCUUGUAUUCUUCUUGUAGGAGAAACUGAAGAUCUCUUCUGGACUACUUCAAAGAAUAUUUGAAAGUACCGUGUGUAACAAAGUAAAUUUGAUUAGUUAGAGGAAGUGCCGCAGGGAAAAUGUAACUUGGUUUCAUUUCCUUCCUUGUAUGUAAAACAAAAUCGACAUAGAGAGACUGUUGGUGAAAGGUUUUGUGUAGGUAUAACUUCAGGGCUUAACAAUUCAGCCUGCAAUUGCCAAAGAGUUAUCAUGUAACCAAAGAAAUAUUUAUCUACUUGGAACCAUUUUCUAGCAGACUUUUAAUAGAAUCUCGUAACUUUUGCAUUCAAGGAUUUUUUUUGAUAAAGGUUAGCAAAUCACAAAUGAUGUAUGUAAAGAGGGUUCUCAAAUUAUUUGUGACAGCAGUAUGAGAUUGUCAUAUUGUCAGUAAGUUCUGAAACUUGUUAAGUCACAUAAGGACGCUAUGUGUUAAAGGAACAAAUAGUAUUAUAUUCUGAAAUUUCUCUGCAACAGGUUUGGCCAAUAUUUUGGCAUUAUUUAACCUAUUAAUUUUUUAAAAAUGUUUAAGUUUUGAUGCAAAUGGAAGGUGCUGCAACAAAGAACCUGGUCAUCACAAAUUUCACUUUUGUUUUGUAAACUUAUUUCCAUUUGUCACAGGUAUGGAACCCAUAUGUAUUAGGUAUUGGUGUAAAAUGCUUUCUUUAUUUGCGUGAGUUUUGUAACUUGAAUUUAUCCUCCUUUGCUGAAAAGUAUAACUGAGUCACGUAUUACGUAUUUCAAAAAAAAUUGUACUUUGCCAGGAGAGGAUCAUAAUCAUUUGACAUUAAAGCAAGUUAUGAUUCAAAUUGUA